AUGCAAGGAAAGGCACCACAAUCUGUUAUCACCGAUGGGGACCCGGCCAUAUGGAUAUCGAUUCAGUCCGUUUUAACUUAUGCGCAUCAUCGGUUAUGCGCUUGGCAUCUUCUGAGAAACGCGACGUUUAACAUAUGCGACCCAAGAUUCACACAAUUCUUUAAACACUGCAUGUUGGCUGAUAUGGAAACUGAUGAGUUUGAAACGCAUUGGGAGUCCAUGGUCAACGACUGUGGUGUUGGCGACGUUGACUGGGUGAAGGACUUGUACAGUAAAAAGUAUGCAUGGGCAUCAGCUGAUAUUCGAGGUAGAUUUUUGGCCGGGGUACGGACUACUUCUAGGUGCGAGUUACUACACGCCAAACUUGGUAGGUUUGUUGAGAGCCGGUACGGUGUUUUGGAAUUUGUUAGAAAAUUUCAGAUGUGUGUCAAUUUUCUUCGUGACAAAGAGGACGAGCUGGAAUUUUGCUCUUUGUAUGGUACACCUGUAUUACAGACCGAUUUUGUUGAGUUGAAAAAGUCGGCGUGGAUGAAGUUCACUCGUGAAAUGUUUGCUAGAUUUAGGGAAAGCUUGAAACGGGAGCCUACUUCUAACAUAUUUAGUUGCAUGUGCAUGCGAAUGGAGUCGUUUGGUAUUCCAUGUGUGCACAUUGUGGCCAUGUGUGUCUGGCUAGACUUAGGGGAAAUUCCUGAAAGCAUAGUUCUGCGCAGGUGGUCCAAGACAACUAAAAUAGAUAUCGAAAAUGAAAACAUUGACCACCACACUGCUGACCAAAGCGUGACCUAUAAAACAAGGUUAGGUGCGUUUUCGCAGCUAUGCAAGCGGUUGGGCAAGGUGGCUUGCAUGAGUGAUAAGGACUUCAAGCUUUACUCGAAGAAACUUUUAUCCGAUGCUAUUUUUCUUGAAAUCAAGUAUGGCCUUUGA